UUGGUUUCCAUUCGUCGCUUGUCUGGAAUGAACAUGGGCCGAGGAGACGCAGAGGACUGAAGGGAAAAGAGCACACUGAAGAAGAGGAGUGAAGAAAAACACAUCUGAAGAUCAGAGGUCACCAACAUCACCUGGUCUGAGCCAGACGAGGGGAGAGAGGAACUCUCAGCAUGGAGGAGUGACGGACAGGCUCAGCAGCCAUGAUAGUGUCUAUGAGAGGACAGACAGGAAGCCUGAGCCUGCUGCACUUCCUGUUAGGUGUGUUUCUAGUCUGUCCUGAAGGGGGCGUCUGUCUGGAGCUGCAGCCAUCUGCCUCUGAGGUUCUACUGAGCUCAACCUCCAACUUCUCUGUGGUGUGUUCGGGGUGGAGUCAGGUGACAUGGCGACUACCUCAGGACUCUCCGGCAGAUGGGGUUGUUGUGGAGGAUCAGGGUUCCAGCAGCGUGCUGUGGCUCUUUAACGUCACUUGGAUGAGUUCUGGGAGAUACACCUGUGAGGAGGUGUCGUCCUAUCAGAGCAGAGAGGUCGACAUCUUCAUACCUGGACAAGGUCCAGAAGAAUGGUUCAUCCCACAGGGUCCAGGUGUGGUGAUGAAGGAGACUGAAGAAGGUACCAUCCCCUGCGUGGUGUCCGACCCGCGGCUCAAUGUCUCACUGUUCGAGCGUGGCAGAAGGAUGCCAGUUACCGGACUGACAUACAAGCCUGGUCACGGCUUCACAGGUCCUCUGAAUGACACAUCAUAUGUGUGCUUGGCCGCCCACGGUGCUGAGGAGAGGGAGUCCCAGGUAUUUUACGUCUUCAGCAUCGUAGUCCCUAAGGUGAUGGAGGUGGAUCUGACAGUGUCCAGCCCUUUGCUGAAGCAGGGGGAGGUUCUCACUGUAAAUUGUACUGUCAAAGACACUGUGAUGGUCUUCUUCAAGUGGGACUUCCCCCGCAGACAGGAAAUAGAGCCGCUGACAGAUUUUCUGCCCGGUCAGAUCUGCUCCGUCAUUAACAUCUCCACAGCAACGGUGGCAGAUUCAGGUGUGUAUGUGUGCACGGUGCAGGAGACGAAGGAGGAGCAAAUUGUGACAAAAAACAUCACGGUGACAGUACUGGAUCGAGGUUACGUCUCCCUGUGGCCCUCAGGUGAGACCAACGUGUCAUCUCUCCUCCAUCACACAGUGGAUUUCAGAGUAGAGGUCGAUGCCUAUCCUGCACCCACUGUCCUCUGGACUAAAGACAACCAGACCAUCGCCACAGAAACCACCUCCACAACCACCACACACCUGACUGGCAGCAGGUAUGUGACCACACUGACGCUGGUUCGAGUCCAGAUGGAUCAGACAGGAAGUUACAUGGCAACUGUUUUCAAUGACGAUGCCGCUGAGGAGGCUGUGUUCAACCUGGAGAUCAAAGUGCUUCCCAGGAUCAUAUCUCUGUCGGAGGUCGGCGGUACGGCGGUGCUGUGUAUCAGCGAAGGAGCUCCAGCCCCCUCUGUCACCUGGUACACCUGUCACAGCUCGCACAGACAUGGUGGACUAAGUCUAGGCCACAUCGGCUCCACCUCUCAGCUCACAGGACUGAAAGAAUUUGCUACUGAUGUCUUGGUUCGUCCCUGUGGGACACUCACAGCUCUCCUGUCUCAGGUUGCAAUUUUAGCAGCAGUUCUGGUUUUGGUCGUCAUUGCCAUCAUCUUCCUCAUCAUCCUCAUCAUCCUCUGGAGAAAAAAACCUCGUUAUGAAGUUCGCUGGAAGGUGAUCGAGUCUGUGAGUCCUGACGGACUGCAGUGCACCUACCUGGACCCCACCCACCUGCCCUACAGCUCCUCAUGGGAAGUGCCACGAGACAACGUAGUACUAGGUCGGGUGCUGGGUUCAGGUGUGUUCGGUCGUGUCGUUGAGGCAACCAUCUCUGGUCUGAUUCACUCUGGUUCUACAACUAAAGCAGCUGUGAAGAUGGUCAAAUCGAGCAGCGGUGAUGCAGCUCAGUCUCUGAUGUCCGAGCUGAAGGUUUUGGUUCAUCUGGGUCCUCACCUGAACGUUGUCAACCUGCUGGGAGCGUGCACGAGGGGAGGUCCUGUCUAUCUGAUCACGGAGUUUUGCUGUCAUGGAGACCUGGUGAACUACCUGCAGAGGAGCAAACACACCUUCCUGCAGAGUGACGCACACACCAAGAGUGACAGUGAUGGCGGCUACAUGGACAUGAAUAAGGAGGAGAGUGAUCAGUACCUUGCCAUGCAGGAGCUCAGCUAUGCUGACAUUGAACCGGUGGUGUACGAGACGCCCUGCACACCACCAGACCAGCAGGAGGCGUCCUCUCUCCUCCUCAGUGACUCCCCUCUGCUCAGCUUCAGUGACCUCCUCGGCUUCUCCUACCAGAUCUCUCAGGCCAUGGACUUCCUCUCCUCACGAAAGUGUGUCCACAGAGACCUGGCGGCAAGGAACGUCCUGGUCUGUGGGGGGAAGCUGGUGAAGGUCUGUGACUUUGGUCUGGCCCGAGACCUGAUGAAGGACCAGGACUAUGUUGCCAAAGGAAACAACUUUCUGCCGGUGAAGUGGAUGGCACCAGAGAGCAUCUUCCAGGACAUUUACAGCUCCCAAAGCGACGUCUGGUCCUACGGAGUCUUACUGUGGGAGAUCUUCUCUCUGGGCAGGAGUCCGUACCCUGACCUCCCCAUGACCCAGGAGUUUUACUGUGCUCUGAAGAGAGGCUACAGAAUGAACCGGCCUGAACACGCUCCUCAUGACAUAUAUGAGGUGAUGAAACGCUGCUGGGAGCGAGAGCCGGAGUCCAGACCCGGUUUCUCAUCGCUUGUCGUUUCAGUGGGAAACAUGUUGCCUGACGAGUACAAACAGCGUUACGUGAAGCUGAGCGAGAACUUCAUGAACGGUGAAGAUCCAGCUGCUGUUCGAUCCAGGCUGACUUCAUCCAGCGCUGCUGCAGAUCAGACUGCCACAACUGGGAGCCCCUCCCCUCAGGUGAAUGUUCACCUGUCAGAGGCAGAGCCAGUGGAGGCAGGCCCCCACGGCGCAUACGUCAUCCCCAUCACUGACAUCACCAUAGAAACCGGCGCUGUGCUGGACACAGUAUGCCCUGAGUUACCAGACCCUACAUCAGAAUCCACCUCUCAAGUUGCACCAGGAACACAGGAAAUGACAUCAUCAGAGGACAAACAGGAAGCAGAGGAGCCCCCUGCUUCAUCCUGCAGCUGUGAGGAAGAGGAGAGCUGCAUGUGAAGGAUUCAGCUGCCUGACAGUGAAGAUGCAGGAUUUUUAACCUCCAGGUCAGCCCAACUCUUCCUGACAGGCAGAGCAGAGGGUUUAAUUGACCCUUGACCUUUGCCACCCUCCUCACCUGCUGACCAUUCAUUAAUUGAUGAAUACAUGACCAGCAGGAAGUACAGGUGACACUGGGUUAUUUAACCCUCAGCACUGACUGAGGAAAUGGGCUUUACCUGGAGGGUUUUUGUUUUUACAUCUAAACCUUCUUUUAAAAACAGAAAACGAUGAGUCAGUUUAGUGAGCAUUUAGUGGCACUGCAGGUCCUGAGUCAGGUUUAUAACUUAAGUCGUUCAUGUAUUCUCUGUAUUAUUCUGCACUGUCUGUGUAUAUUGGUAUUAUCUGCUCUGUGUUAUUCAAACUGUUUUUAUAUACUUUUUAUAGACUCUUCUGAUACAUGGCAGAACUAAAGCUUUUAUUAAAGG